GGGGGGGAGCAAAGCGUGGACUGGGCCCGGAGCCUAGAGAGAUUGGCAAGGCGUGGCGGCGGAGCUGUGAUGGUGAUCGGCACGUCAGCCCACACGGCGAAAAUGGCGAGGCGUGACAGAAUGUGGCGGCAGCGGCGGUGCUCGAAUGGGCUGCAGAGGCCGGCCGCGGUUGCCGCCUUGCCGAACAGCGGCGGGCGCUACAGUCACAUACACACACUCUUCUCCCCCGCAUGGCACCUCACUGACUGGCCGACUGGCAGCCGCAACUCCCCGCCCUGCCGUGAGCGGUGCUUCAACCUACGUUCCGAAGAGCUUCACCCCCUCCUCUUCCACUUCACCCUCCGCCUGCCGGUCACCCAGCCACCCGCCGGCCGAGAUGCUCAGCCUGCGUACCAUCAAGGCCAUGCUGCAGGAUAUUUUGAGACAAGAUGAAGCUCAGGGGAUGCCGAAGUGGCCACAAGCACCGACAGCACCCGCACGGGGAAAGCUGAUGCAAGCGGCAUGCUCCAGAUGGGCGGAGGCAGGGAUGAAUCAGUAAGCUAACAAGGGGCCUCCCACCCCACCUUCAUCCGACAUGCCGCACUCGCAGACUGCAGUGGCUCACGGCAAGCCCUGGCCGGAUCCUGUGUUGGCCGUCUAUACAUCUGGUACCUAUCGCAUCGCGUGAGGUGGUCCUCCCUCGAUUGCUGCUUCUUGCCC